AUGUACAAGUCGCCCAGCUAUGGCGGCAAGAAUAUUAAGAAUCUACCUUAUAAGAGAGAUAGGAGAUUUAGCAUUGUUAGCUCCUCUUCUUCUGACUACAGCGAAGAAGCAAGAAAACAUAGUGAUUCCGAUUCAGAGUCUUCCCUUACUGCCUUGUCCGAGAAGGACGAACAAUCAGCUCUGAGAAAUGGAUCGGUGUUUUUCAAAAAUGCAAAGUUACCCAAGGCUAGAGCCAAGACGGCUUCGAAGGCUGCUAAGAAGAGAGCCCCUAAAAAAGGCCCCAAGGCAUCGUACGCUCAAGUGUUUGAUUCCGAUAAGGAUGACGAACUUGUAAGCGACGAUAUGGAUGAAGAUGAUAAUGAAUCCGUUGGUCUAACGGGCAUAUACUCAAUGAUCGAUAAUAGGGGGCAGUCGGAUAGCAAUUCUAACUCUAGCUCGGAUCAAUCGGAGUCUGAUGAUGACGAAGAAGAAAACUCUUCUGUUUCAUCGUCAGACGAUUCCGAAGUCGACUUUGUUCAACUACAGGCAGAAAGAAGAGCUAACGCUAAGUCUCAGAAAUCUCUCAAGGCCAUUAAAGCCUUACAGAAACAAAACAACACAAAAGACAAAAAGAGAAGAAAGUCAGACUACAGACGUCAAUCAGAACUUCCCCUUCCGGAUAACAUUAACUUUAAGUUUGAAUUUGAUGAUGCUGCAAACGAGUCUGCCAUUGAAGAUGAAAGUGAACAAGAAGAUGCCCUCAAUGUGGUGAAGCCUACCCAACCUGAAGAAGAAGACCUUGGUGAAGAAGUGUUGGAUGACCAGGGUGAUAAACAGUCCUACAACCUCAAUUUCCAAUUUGAUGACCCUAUCAUAGAUGUUCCUAAGAUUAAGGAUGAUGAACUUCAAUCUGAUGACGAUUACGAAUUCGAUGACAACGAUCUUUUGGCAACUUUACAAGCCGAUAAUGAUAUUGAAGAAUUCAUAAACGCUAACCCGCAUGAUGAAAUUGCUACGCCAAGAUCAAGGCAACGCCUGGUUAGUUCUGUCAAUGAAGAUGAGACAAUGGAUCCUUUCCUAGAGGAGGAAGAGAAGUACUUGGUGAACGAGUUCGAGAUGAACGGUUUCGAUGAUGAAAAUGAAUUUCAAGAUGAAGCUGGCAAGUCUGAUUUCGCUAAAGGAAUCGGAAGACAGAACUUCCAAGACAAGGUCACUGAGUACCCUCACGAUGGCACCGAACACAACAAAUCCGAUAACCUUGAUGGUUACAUGGAAGAUGACGAAGACGAAGAGGAUGUCGAUGAGUUCAUGGAUUUGAUGGAGUUUGAUGCGCCACUUUUCGAAGAUGAAAGCAAGGAUUCGGAAAGUAGUCUUCUGGAUUUGAAGAACGAAAAUGAGAACGUUGAGGACCUUGCUAAGAACGACUCCAAGCAGAUAGUUCCUCAAAAGCAAAAACUGUCCAACCGCAAGAAACGCAAGGCUCCUCGUGGACCUCUCGAUAGUGAAGAAGACGAUGACUCCUACUUGUGGAACUACUUUUUGAGCUCUGAUGGUGAAUCUGAGGGUGAGGGUGAUGCCGAGCCCGUUGACGUGGAAGAACAGCUUAUUCUCGAAGAGAUCUUCCGUCAAGAGAAGGAAGCCCGCGAGGGAAACAACGAACGUGAGUUCAGCCUUGAGCCAUUGUCUGAUCAGGAAUACGACAGUGGUGAAUCCACGGAUGUUGAUUUGUCUCUUCCUCAAACAUCCGGCAAGAACCACGCUGGUAGCAAGAUGGCUAAAGAGGUUUUGUCUUCGAAGACUGCCGAUUACAGACCACCUGUUCUUGGUACUUGGGUAGCUAUUGAGAGCAAGCCUUUUGGUAUCAUUGACGGUUUAUCUACAAGAACAUUGAAGAGCAACCAGAAUGCCCAGAAGAACCCAAGAACCAAGGGAUGGAAGUCCAUCAGUCUUGGAAACAAGAACGAGCAUGAAGACUCGGCCAUCGAGCUCGAAGAGUUACUCAAUAUCAGCGAGUUGGACAAUGACGACGAGAAUGACAUCCGUAUCUGGAGAGACUUCAACAACAGAAAGAAGAAAGUCCCGCUUGGGGCUUUCCGUAACAAGUCUCAUCUACAAGAACCUCAUUCUGUCCAUGAGCCUAUUGUGAACUUCAGCGUUUCGAGGUUAGGUUCUGGUCGCCGCAACAGCUAUCGCAGGAAAGAUAGAAGACUGAGCGGCGAGACUGGAGACGCUGAUGCACAAGAUUCAGCGGGAACACAAGCACUGCCAGACAGUGGUGUUUCCAAACUGAAGAGAAGAAGAGCACUGGCGGUUGAGGCAGCAUCAGAGGGCUACAGACCCACUAAAUCUGGAUUAUUUAGUGCAAAUGCGCUCACAGAUGCAGAAGAGGUUAUGGGAGAGGACAGAGAUUUCAUGGCAUUAAUCAAGGGUUUAUAG